UGCAGCACACAGGUGUCAUAAAUCAAGUCGAGCUUUGGCGACAUCUAGUGGCGUCUCCCUGGCAGUGCCUCUUCUGACCCGGCCCUUCUUGACGUCACCCGACGUCACCAGGAAGUCCACUGAAACCAAGGCGACAUCAUGGCAGAAUACACAGACCCACACUGUGAUGGAGACGCUGAGGAGAUGCCCGAGCUGUCAGACGGUGACGAAGAUGACGACGAAGAGAAGUGGCAGUGGCUGGAGGAGGAGGACAGUCAGGAGGUUAACGUCACCUGUCUCUUCUGUGACAGGUUGCUGAGCUCUGUUCCUGCCACCCUGCAGCACUGCACAGCUGAGCACCAGUUCAACCUUGUGGACUUGAUAAGAAAACACAAAUUAGAUGACUAUGGUUACAUAAAGAUGAUCAACUUCAUACGAUCAAGAAAAUGUGAUGCGUCCAGUCUGAUGGGGCUGCCAGAUGCUCCCGUACCCUGGGAGAGUGAAGACUUCCUGCGACCGGUCCUACAGGACGACCCCUUGCUGCAGACAGACCCAGAGGAGCUCUGUGACAGCGAGAGGCCGGGCCUGUCGACAUGCCAGUCGUCUGGGGCUGAGUCCCAUGAUGCACUACGCCGGAGGGCACAGGCCGCUGAGGAGAGGGCCUGCCGCUCAGAGGAGGCACUUGCCAGGGCCAUGGAUGACCUGCACAAACUCAAGCUUCUGGCUCAGGGUUUGGUACUGAACGCAGAAACCGGCAAAUCUGGCAACCUGGGCACCGUGGCCGAGCUCCGAGAGGACGAGGACGAGGCUUACUUCAGCUCCUACGGCCAUUAUGGCAUCCAUGAGGAGAUGCUGAAGGAUAAAGUGCGCACAGAGAGCUACCGUGACUUCAUGUACCGCAACCCUGAAGUGUUCAGAGACAAGGUGGUGCUCGAUGUUGGAUGUGGGACUGGCAUACUGUCCAUGUUUGCGGCGAGGUCUGGGGCCAAGAAGGUCAUAGCAGUCGACCAAUCGGAAAUCAUCUAUCAGGCCAUGGACAUCGUCAGGUCCAACCAGCUGGAAGACAAGAUCACUCUGAUCAAAGGCCGCAUAGAAGACAUCAACCUCCCUGUGGAGAAGGUGGACAUCAUCAUCUCAGAAUGGAUGGGUUACUUCUUGCUGUUUGAGUCCAUGUUGGAUUCUGUUCUGCACGCCAGAGACCUCUACCUGGCUGAUGACGGCUCUGUCUAUCCAGACCUUUGUAACAUUAGCCUGGCGGCAGUCGGAGACAUACAGAAGCACCAAGACCGCAUUGCAUUCUGGGAUGAUGUGUACGGCUUCAACAUGGCUUGUAUGAAGAAGGCUGUGGUGCCUGAGGCCGUGGUGGAAGUCGUGAAAGAAGACACGCUCAUCUCUGAACCUACAGUCAUACAGACGAUUGACUGUAACAGAGUGUGCCUGUCUGAGCUGGAGUUUGCUUCAGAUUUCUGCUUGAAGAUGACACACACCACAGACUGUACGGCAAUUGUCGGCUACUUUGACAUUUUCUUUGACAAAGGCUGCAGCAACAAGGUGAUGUUCUCCACGGGUCCUCAGGUCACAAAGACACACUGGAAGCAGACUGUCUUUCUCCUGGAGAGGCCUGUCCCUGUUCAAGCAGGGGAGGAGCUGAAAGGAAAGAUCACAGUGCGUAAAAACAAGAAGGACCCUCGCUCACUGUUGGUCACCUUUGACCUCCGAGACAGGAAGCUGACGUACAGCCUGCAGUAACGUCAGCAUCACAUGCUGCAACAUCCAUCAAACAUCCCACUUUCUUUCACUGACCAUUCAUGUAUCUACAACUUGUGGGAGCAGGACAGAAUUAAACACUUGAUUUCGAUGUUUCACAUGUUAGGAUUGUUUCUGUGCCUUUUUAAUAAAAAAACAAGGUUGUAUGAGA